AGGAGUUUGAGAUCAUUUAAAUCCCAGAGCAGCAUUUUGGAUCCUAAACCAGACAACUGAACUGAGAACAGCCAACAGAGAUUCAGACCGGGGAGUACCUCAUAAUAACAGAAGCAACGCUCUCCAGCAAGAUGGAUGAUCUGCUCUGACCAAAAGAGCCACACCUGUCCAUUUUCUCAUUGGAAAUAUUUCUCCACAGGGCUGGCCUUGGUACUAACCAAUUUUUACUUAAAUACUGGCAACAUAAUUACUUCCCUUCACCAUAAUGCAAUCCAGUCUUCGGUCAGGUGUUAGGUCAGUCUUUUCAGGAUCAAAUUUAAACCGUGCUGGAAGAACAGUGCGAACCAAGACUCCGGUUGAUUCACAUCUCGUUAUUUCACAACAAAAUAUUUGUAGUAAAGAGAAGCUAGUGCGUAUUAAACGGCUUGCUGACACUGUUAAAGAAAAAAGCACAUUGCUAGAACAUCAUAAAGGGUCUCUUCCAGUUUAUAAAGUUCCCCUGACAGAAGAACAAAUCAAUGUUGAUGGGUGCAAGCAAUUCUGUUUUGGGAAAGAGUCCAUUAAACCUAAUCGCACGAUAAUGGUUUUCGGAGCAACUGGUGCUGGGAAGUCAACUCUCAUCAAUGGGAUGAUCAAUUACAUUCUAGGAGUCAAAUGGGAGGAUUCAUAUCGGUUUAAAUUAGUUGAUGAGGGUCAGUCGAGAUCACAAGCUGAAAGUCAGACUUCUGAAGUCACAGUGUACAAAAUCUACCACCAGGAGGGUUUUGAAAUCGACUACUCACUGACCAUUGUUGACACUCCAGGCUUUGGAGAUACAAGAGGCAUAGAAAGAGACCAGAUGAUCACAGAACAGAUACGUAAUCUCUUCUCUGCUGAUUGUGGUAUAACUGAUGUUGACGCUGUGUGUUUUGUAGCUCAGGCUGCUUUAGCACAACUCACACCAUCACAGAAAUAUGUGUUUGAUUCUAUGCUCUCAAUCUUUGGCAAAGAUGUAGCAGAAAACAUCCGGGUUCUGGUGACAUUCGCAGAUAGACAGCAACCACCAGUUCUAGGGGCAAUCAAGGCUUUAGGUGUCCCAUGUACGAAAACAAAAGAUGGGCUGCCAGUUCACUUCAAAUUCAAUAAUUCAGCGUUGUUUGCAGACAACAAAACAUCUGCAGCAAACAGUAUGAGUGGAGAUGAUGAAGAUGAUGGAGGCUUUGAUCAUAUGUUUUGGGACAUGGGAACAAAAAGCAUGAAUAGGUUCUUUGUUGCUUUGGAUAUCAUAGACACCAAAGGCUUGACAAUGACUAAAGAGGUCCUCAGAGAAAGAAAGCAGCUCGAGAAUUUAGGUGACAAUUUGCAGAAACAGGUUAAAGAAGGGUUAGCCAAGCUUGAAGAGAUAAAAGAGGCAACUGGAAUACUUAAAGAGUAUGAGGCAGAGAUCAGCAGAAAUGAGAAGUUUGAGUUUGAAUCCAGUGUCCUAGAAGCUAUUCAAAUAGACAUUUCUGGUACCGGAAUUCACAUCAACAACUGUAAGCAGUGUCAUUACACCUGUCACUGUCCCUGUCGAAGAUCCAAUAAAAGAGGAGAUGAGAGACACUGUAGGGCAAUGGGAUCAGAUGGAUACUGUACUGUGUGUCCAGGCAAAUGUUAUUGGAAUGAACAUCAUAAUCAGAGGUACAAAUGGGAUAGUGAGGAAGUUAAAGAAAAACGAACAAUGAAAGAGCUGAAAAAGAAGUACCUAAAAGCUACAGAGUCCAAAAAACCUGUCCAGGCAUUGAUUGAAAAACUGACCCAUGAAUAUAAAACUGUGCAGGCUGAGGUGGAGACACUGAUAGCAAGCUAUGCCAAGUGUCAAAACAGACUUGAAGAGAUUGCACUGAAGCCAAAUCGUCUCUUCACUCCAAAGAACAUUGACAUGUUUAUUGAGGGAGAGAAAUCUGAGGCCAAGUCUCGCUGGAAGCAACGUGUUCAACCCCUGAUAGCCAUGAGAGAAAUAGCUGAGUAUAUAGUUAAAGUAGAGAGAGGAGAGAAACUUCUCCCAAAUCAUUUUACCGAAUUCCAGGGUUGUAAUCAAGGCCAUAGAAAGAAUAAGACUGAUACGAAUACCAGCCAGGACAACACUGAGACUAAUACCAAAAGACCAAGACUUAAAUAACACUGAGACCAACAUAAAGUAGGACAACACAGACACUGAUACCAACUAAGACGUUCUGCAUUCAGUGGAAAUCCAGAAUUAUUCUAAUAUGAACAAAGACUAAGUCAGUGAGCUUGAUACAAACCCAAACAAGAUGAGACUGACUCCCAUACCAACAAAAGACAAGACCGGAAGCUUCCAAGGUGGAACCAGGUCCUGCUAGGGUUUGAUUUGUUCAUCCAUCUCUGAUGUGAUCUGUUUAUAUAUCCAUCCAUAAACAUAACUUCUUUGGUGUAAAGGUAUGUAACAAUAUACUCAACUCACGAUUCACGAUUUAAAGUUCAAAAUACAUUUUGUAACAUUUUAACAGACAGCUGCAGACAACUGAAA